AUGCGUCUCGCGUCCCUCCAGUACCAGGGCCCGUUCUCGCCAUCGGCGCUCCCGCCCUGCGUGCUGGAGGCCGUGUGCCCGCCCGCGUGGCUGCGGUCCGGGGACCCAGGUGAGGACUGCCCGCCAUGCCCUGAGGCGCCGCCGUGCCCGUCGACGCCCGCGGUCUGCCCGGCGGUGGACCUGGUUCCCGUGGCGACGGAGGAGGACCCCGUCGGUGUCUUCCAGUCGGCGGUCCCUGGGCUGCUGGUGGCGCUGCUGCUGGAAGCUGGCCGCUGCGCGAGGCGCUGGUGCGGCUCGGCCCGACGGCGUGCGGAGAUCACCACGGUCGUGGAAGAUGGCGUUGCCCCCGCGAGGCGCGGGGCAGGAGUGGUGGAGGCGUUCCCGGACCAGCCGAUAAAACGGCCUGCAUCGGCCCCGUCAGUGCGCAAGAACCUGGUGCGCUCCAGCGGGGACUCGCGCCGGCUUCGAGGGCUCCUGAGGUCUAAGAUCCUGGGCGAGAGCGACAGGGUGGCCCAUGAGCUGCGGGUGCUCUGCGACAUCCUCAGCUGGGCCGCCAUGUAUGACCAGGUGAACCUGGGCGGGCUGACUGGUCUGGAGACGGCGCUGAAGCAGUUUGCGACGAGGAAUAUCAAGGAGCGGCAGGAGGCCCAGUCGUUGUUCGCUUUCGGCAAGGUGCCCCAGCGCGGCCUGCACGAGGAGGAGGGCGCCGCGGUCGACGGCAAGGGCAAGCCAGGCCGGCGGCUGGCGCUCAUGAUGGGCAACGAGGCGGUGGGCGCGCUGAACUGGCCGGCGGGCUAUCGGAAUGGGCCGACGCCCUUCGAUCCCGAUCCGAUGCAGGCGAGGUUUUGGAGCGGAUCUGCGAGUUGGCCUCGCGGCGGUGCCCAGGCCCUGAUGCUCUCAGUGAACGCGCAGCCGUCCGCCGGCUGCUGCGAGGGCGCACCCCGUACGAUGGGGCGGGAUUCCUCACCUGUGUCGCACCCUUUCAGAAAGGGCUUCGUCUCCUUGCUCGAGACAGUGGAGGGCUGCCCGCCGUUCGAGGACGUGGCCUUCCCGGGGGCCCGGCGCUUCCUGAAGGAGCACCCCGAGCGCGUGCUGCGCGCUGGGGGCCCGACAUCGACUGCGACGCCGUACUUCGACCCGGCGCCGAAGCGCAGCGCCGAGACCCAUCGACACUUCGUGGCGGACCUGUGGCGCCGAGGCUUCCUGAGGUGGACGCGCCCUCGUUGCCAGGUGGGCCUUCUCUUCGCGGAGAAUGGCGACGGCGCGAAGCUGCGCGUUAUCCUGGACGCAAUGCCCGCGCACGAGCUCUUCGAGCCGCCCCCUGGUGGCGUGGGUCCUCAGGGCCCCGGGGCUCAGGGGCUGCUUCAGGGCUACGACCUCCGCCUGGGGCUCGCGGAUGCGAAGUGCUGCUUCUGUGGGCUGCGGCUGCCAGAGAGCCUCUCCGAGUACUUCUGCCUCCCCGAGCGGGUCAACGAGUGCAGGGUGCAGGGGGUCUGCCCGCGGCUGGCCGAGAGCCCCCUGGCGGGCUGCGGCAGGCCGCCCGUGUUCGGGCCCACCGCCCAGGAGGGCCACUUCUCGCACUGCGCCCAUGUGGGCAACCUCGGCGUCGCCUCGACCUCGGAGCGCCGCGUCUCGAACGCGGUCGGACAGCUCGUCCGGGGCUUUGCCGCGCAGGUGUCAGGGUCGUCCUGGAAGACGAGGGCCGCCGAGCAGCGCUUCUGGUUGAUCGGGCAGGCGCUGAACGGCGUGCUCCGAAGGCGCCGCCUCGCUGGUUGUGCGGUGGAGGUGGGCCGGGCGCAGGGGCGCGCCCGCUUCCGCGACGCGGUGGCCUACUUGCUGGAGGCCGCGCCGAUGGCGGCAGGCUUCUGGCGCGGCGGCAGUGGCGAGUGGCGGCUGGCGGUCGCGGGCGACGACGCGGAGCUGGGCGCCGCUUGGGGUGCCGACCCCAGCUACCCUGAGGUGCCCGCGGCGGGGCUCGCGAGCAGCAGCUGGCGCGCGAAGCAGGUGCAGCGUUGGAAGUUCGAGGGGUGUAUCCAGAUCGAGGAGGCCCGGGCGCUGGUGAUGGGCGCUCGUCGGAUCGCCCAGUCUGUUUUCGGGGCUGCCUGCCGCCGGCUGAUUUUGUCGGACAAUAUGUCAGUGGUGUUAUCUUUUAUCAGGUGCCGCCGGUGCAGCGGCCGGCGUCGGCGAGCGCGAAGCGGGCGCAUGCAGGCCCCGCGGCGCCAGAAGACGCUGUCGGCAGCCUGGCGGCCGCGGGACUGGAAGGUCCGGCUGAGCCUGACCGCGCUGCCGCCCGCGCCUCGUCUUCCCGAGCUGGGCGGGGACUUCCAGGCGCUCCCCCGGGGCUGGCGGCGCCAGGUCGCGCCUGGCAGCGACGACGACAGCGGCGCCUCCGACGAGCAGCAGGUCGCGCAGGCCGGCGAGCGGCGCGAGAAGGGGUUGCAGAGGCGCGCCACCAAGAGGAGGCGGACGCACGGGACCGAGGCGCUGCUGGACAGCGCUGCGAGGGAGGGCCAGACCUUCCUGGAGCGGCGCUCGGUGUUUGCCCCAGCGCGGAGGCGGUGUGGCCUGGACCUCGACGCCUUCCUGGUGGACGAGGCCCUGGUCGAUUACAUGAAUGCGCUGUUCUUGGGCGGCCGCGAGUCGGCCCAAGGCGAUCGGGCGAUGGCGGGGCUGAUGCGCAGGUUCCCCGAGUGCUCGAAGCAGGGCGAGGCGAAGGCGCCGCGAGCCUGGAGGUGCCGCUGGGGCUGGCGGAAGCUGGCGCCUGGGCGGAGCCGCCGGGCCUGGCCGUUGGCCCUCUGUCGCGGGCAGGCGCGGCGCAUGGUGGGUCGCGGAGCUCUUCAGAUGGCCGUCUUCCUGCUCAGCAUGGUGCGUGGGCACUUCGGACCAAGCCAUCUGCUCACUCUGGCGCGCGGAAAGUUCAUCGCGCCAGCGCCGGGGGCGCGCCGCCAGUGGCCCCUGCCCUUGUUUUCAGACAGCAAGCCGCUGCGCGGCAAGACUGGUCUGGCGGUCGCAGGAGUCAUGCUGGACAGCGGCUGGUCUCAGCGCGCCGCGCCCAUCUUCCGAGAGCUCAAGAACGGGGCGCCAGAAGAAAAGGCGUGGGAUUUCAGUUACCCACAGUUCCUGAAUCUGUUCGCGUUAGCGCUGGAGGUUCUGAGCGUGGAACAGCCCAGUGUCCGGCGCCGGGCCCAUUCGGGACCUAGCGUAGAUGGUGCCAGGCACUGCAGGUCGCUAGAGGAAAUCCAGAAGAGGGGCCAGAGGAAGCGCGCCAUCUCGAUGCAGCGUUGCGAGAAGGCUUCCCGUCGCGGACAGUCGAGGUCACUCCUGCCCUCCCCGCUGAGAGACACGUUGGCAGACUGCGAAAAUCGUUUCGAGGACGUGCUGCUCGGAAAAGGUGCCGAGGCGAUUUCCCUGUGA